AUGCUUGGGAUAAACACCAAAGUGGUGAGCAAUCACCUCACCAUCCACCCUUCUGCCAAACUAGUGGCACAGAGGAAACAGAACAUUGGCAAUGAAAAGAUGGCGGUCAUUGAUGUUGAGGUGAGUAAAUUAUUCAACGUCAGAUUCAUCACAAAAACAAAAUACCCUAAUUGGUUAGCUAACAUGGUUGCUAAUAGCAGAUGGCACAUUUAUGUAGACUUCACUGAAGUGUCGUAUGUCCUAAGGACCCGUACCCAUUACCAGACAUCAAUCUCCUUAUCGAUGGAUCCCUUAGGCUACCAUAACUUGAGCUGA